AUGGCUCAUCCCAGCCCCCAAGUCGUCCCAUCGCUCGAUGAGCUCAUCAACCUCUUCGCUACUUCCUCUUCAUCACCAGCAACUCUUGCACCUCCUUCCGCACCUUUGUUCGGUGCAUCAUCGACCAAGUCAGAAUCGCAAUCUACCAAACCCGUCGAAAACCUCAAACCAAACUUGAUACCUGUAUUUGUUGAAAUACCUGCAGAUCUCUUGACUCCCGUAUCGGCUUAUUUGAAAAUCGCCAAGGAUAGUAAAUACUCUUUCUUACUGGAAAGUGUGAUUGGUGGAGAAAAUCUAGCAAGGUAUAGUUUCGUCGGAGCAGAUCCAAUCAAAGUUAUAAGGACUGGAGAAGGGUUCGAUGUGGAAGGUGAUCCAUUGACAGCUCUGGAAAAAGAAUUAGAACCUUAUAGAUUCGUUAAAAUCCCUCAAAUCGGUACUCUUACCGGCGGUGCCGUCGGCUUCAUCACCUACGAUUCGAUUGUCCACUUCGAACCCGUGACCAAACCUAAAGAACCACUACACAACCCAUUCCCAGGAAUGCCCGAGGCGUUCUUCAUGCUAAGUUCGACCAAUUUGAUAUUCGACCACAUCUACCAAACUAUCAAGAUUGUUUCUCACGUACACUUACCGGACGGUACUCCUCCUUCCCAGAUUCCAGCAUUGUAUGAAGAGUGCGUCGGUAGGAUAGAAACGCUUAGAAGGAAGUUGAUUUCACCUGAAGUUCCUUUACCGCCGCAGGGUCCGGUUCAUUUGGGGUAUGAAGCGACGAGUAAUGUGGGUAAGGAGGGUUAUGAAGGGUUUGUCACGACGUUGAAAGAUCAUCUUUUCAAGGGAGAUAUAAUCCAAGCGGUUCCUUGUCAGAGGUUCACUCGAAAGACCGAUGUUCACCCUUUCAAUGUGUAUCGACAGUUGAGAAGUCUCAAUCCUUCGCCAUAUAUGUACUAUAUCAACUGUUCCGACACUCAGCUGGUCGGAGCGUCUCCCGAAUGCCUCUGUAAAGUUGAAAACCGUAAAGUACAGUGUCAUGCUAUUGCUGGAACGCGUAGAAGAGGAAAGGAUGCGGAGGAGGACGAACGCCUAAGCAAAGAGCUACAAGAAGACGAGAAAGAAAAAUCCGAAAAUCUACAAUUGACGGAUCUAGCUCGUAAUGAUGUGCAUAGGGUGUGCAAACCAGAGACUGUCAAAGUGGAUCGCUUGAUGGAGAUAGAGAAAUUUAGUCACGUUAUCCAUAUGACUAGUCAAGUUAGUGGUAUGUUACGGGAUGAUCUGUCCAGGUUCGACGCCUUCCGUUCGAUCAUGCCUGCUGGUACACUGUCGGGAGCACCGAAGAUCAAAGCCAUUCAAUUGAUAAUGGGUCUUGAGAAAGAAAGACGUGGUCCUUACGGUGGUGGUGUUGGAGUUUUUGAUUUCGACAGAAACAAUUUGGAUACCUGUAUCUGUAUCAGGACAAUGGUCUUCCAUGGUGGUAAUGUCCAUGUAUCAGCGGGAGCAGGGAUCGUGAUUGACUCGGUGGAAGAGAUGGAAUACAUGGAGACCAUACAUAAAUCCAAAGCGUGUAUGCGGGCUAUAGAACAGGCAGAAGAUCAUUACCAUAGCUUACAACAAUCUUCGUAG